ACGCAAGGGCAAGGACACCUUCACACCUUGUCGAGCUAAAGGGAAAGACAAGAUGCAUUUGCACCUCAUUAUCUCAGCUGGGCUCGCAGCCCUCGCCCAAAUUGGCGUUGUACUUGCUGCUGACCCCUCCUUGGUUUACACCUCGUAUCAAACCACACCCAUCUGCACACCAUCGUCAGAGUUCAAAACUCCGCAAAGUAUACUGGAAUUGCAGACGAUAUUGUUGACAGCUCGCCUUUUCAAUCAGAAGGUGAAACCAUUAGGAAGCCGACACUCUGCGACGGACAUUAUUUGCACGGAUGGCAUUCCGAUUUCUAUGGAGGCGUUCGACUCGGCGAAAAUGAAUUCGGAUGGGACAGCGACUGUUGGGGCGGGAAUGACGAUGGGCGCGGCUGUAGAAUUUUUACAAGCAAGAGGCCGAACUCUUAUUGUAGUUCCACAAUUUAGGGGCAUUACUAUCGGUGGGGCCUUGGGAACAGGGGCGCACGGUUCGUCAUUGAAAUAUCCCACAGCAUUAUCAGACCAAAUUACGGCUUUGACCGUGAUUGAUGGGAACGGGGUGCUGAGGGUCAUUAGAGGUCCAGAUUUGAAUCACUUCCGAGUCCAUCUUGGUCUGCUUGGAGUCAUUCUUGAUGCUACGUUUCAAACAGUGCCAGCUUAUAAGCUAACGGUUAACAUUGUUCCUCAGCCGGACAGCAUUUUGGAUGAUGGAAGCCUUCUCCAGAUGGCGAGAGACAAUGACUACUUUGUGGCGCAGUGGUGGCCACAUAAAAAUGAGGUAUUGACCACGAUUGGAAAUAUGGUUCCAAUGUCGACGCCGGGUAACGCUUUCCAAAAUUUGUACCCUGCCUCGCCAAUUGGGGUUACAUCAUUCCUGUCACAACUAACCGACUUUGUCCACGGGAUGAGAAAUCUUCCUGGCGGUCUCGCAAUGGAAGAGUACAGCGAGCUGACGUUCUAUCAACAGGUGGUUGGCCGAAUCCCGUACUACACGGAAGAUAACUCUACUCUUGUAAUGCCAGCAACCGGUUUGGGAUGGAUGCUGACCUCAUCCAUCUGUGACCAAGCUCCAAACGGUUGUUCUUGGCAUAACGGGAACAAUUCGCUUUAUUUCGACGAGGAAGAAAUUGGCUGCGACAUUGCCGAAUUUCCUGGAAUCAUUCGAACCCUGCGAGGAAUUUUGAAGGAUAACAUGGCCGCAUUUACCUUCACCGGCCUGGUGAUGCGAUUUCAGAAGGCGUCUCAAGCCACUCUGUACAUGGCGUCCGGUAGAGAUACUGUUGCCGUGGAGUUCAUUUAUCCGCAGAGACUUGACCGAGUUAACAACCCAGCAAUGAAUGUAGCAACGUAUCAAGCAAUUGUUCAAGCACUGGUUUUCAAACACGGAGGUCGUCCUCACUGGGGGAAGAAUGGACAAGCCUGGGCAAAGUCGGCUAUAAUCAAGUCCCAAUACCCGAAAAGCAAUCGGGAUCAAUUCAUCAAUGCCAUGCGACAAUACGACACUCUUGGCCUGCUGCGUAACAAGUUUGCAGGGAGGUUACUCGGGAUAAGUGACACCAACGAUGUUGACCCGACGGAAAUUCAUUGCUCUCUAAGACAAAACUGUAUUUGUCAGGUGGACGCCGACUGUGCAAAUAAUCAGGACAAUGCACAAAUUUGUGGCGAGAUGGCGGAUAUUGAUGGUCAAAUUUCUUACAAGGUUUGCAAAGAAACAAAACUUUUCGUAAACCCUCCACUCGGACCUUACAAUCCGUACAAUAUGUCUGAUAUUGCACGAGCCAUUCGGACAUCGUAUGUGUGACAAUGAUUCGGUUCAGCAUAUAAGUAACUGUUAAUUUGUAUAGUAAAUAAACAAAUAUGUAUUGCAUUCAA